AUGAAGGCCAAGCCCUACGUCGACUUCGACGGCCCUGAAGAUCCUCUGAAUCCUCUGAACUGGCCCAUGAAGAAAAGGGCAUACAUAUGCGCCAUUCUGGGCCUUAGCACCAUGGUCGUCGCCUUCGCUAGUAGUAUCUUCUCCCCUGCCAUACCCGCUUUGAUGGCCAUUUACGGUAUCAGCAGAGAGGUCUGCACCUUGGGCAUCUCCCUCUACGUGUUUGGAUUCGCCUUUGGACCUCUAGCAUUUGGUCCCUUCUCCGAGCUGAAGGGGCGAUACUUCCCCCUGCUUGUCUCCAUCUUCGGUUUCACGGUCUUCUCCUUCGCCACUGCUGUCUCCAAAGACGUCCAGUCUCUCUUCAUCCUUCGCUUCUUUACCGGCUUCUUUGGUUCUGGGCCUCUCACCCUGGCCGGCCCAGCAUUCGCAGAUAUGUUCACCCCGCAGCAACGAGGCAUCCCCAUCGUCAUGUUUUGCUUGAUGGUCUUCAUUGGACCCCUCGCAGCACCAUUCAUCGGCGGCUUCAUCGUCAUGAAUGACUCCAUGGGCUGGCGCUGGACGGCCUACAUCCCCGGAAUCAUGGGCGGUUUUGUCCUCGUCCUGCUCCUGCUCUUCGUCGAAGAGACCUUCCAGCCCGCCAUUCUCACUCAAAAGGCCAGUCGCCUGCGCCACGAAACAGGCGAUUGGUCACUGCACUCGAAGCAGGAGGAAAAGCGCAUCGACUUCCACACCAUUCUCACGGAGAACCUCAGCUUGCCGCUAAAGAUGCUCGUCCGCGACCCCAUCACCCUCUGCAUGUGCGGCUUCGGCGCUUUCGUUUACGGCCUGCUCUACCUAUUUCUCACGGCCUACCCGAUGGUCUUCCAACUCGUUCACCGCAUGAACCUCGGCGUCGGUAGUUUGCCCUAUAUCGGAGUAAUUGUCGGGCAGCUCUUCGGUGCCGUCGCGAUCGCCGCUACACAGCCGUGGGUGCUGCGCAAGAUGGAACGGAACAACGGCGUCAUGAUGCCCGAGUGGCGUCUUCCUGUGGCUAUUCCCGGGGCGGUUGCCUUCUCUGCCGGUUUGUUCUGGCUCGGCUGGACGGGGUAUAAGUCCAGUUUUCACUGGAUUGUGCCGACCUUGUCAGGCCUGUUGACGGGAUUUGGUCUGUUGACUAUGUUCCUUCCUUCGUUGGCUUAUCUGGUGGAAUCUAGUGAGGACAGAGCUGCAUCCGCCGUCGCCGCGCACACAUUCCUUCGAUCAGCCGCUGGUGGUGCAUUUCCGCUUUUCGCGAAACAAAUGUUCGACGGCCUAGGUGUAGAAUGGGCGUGUACGCUACUGGGCUGUGUCGCGGCUCUGUUCAUUCCCAUUCCAGUCCUUCUGUAUAUCUACGGGGCGAGGAUUCGGAGUAAGAGUCGGAUGGAGGUUUGA